CUGGUCCCCACAGGAAUCCCAUCCCGCUCCAGUCACACCAGGGCAGUACUUGGGAACAGGAGUUGGAGGGGGGAACGUCCUGGGCCUCUUUUCCCAUCUGCAGCUGAGACCAGUUGGCCUGGAAGAGGGGGGGCCCCCCACAGCUCUGGCGUUUCCGGCCUCCAAGGGCCGAACAGAUCAGAUGGUAAGGCCAGGGCUCCGGGUGACCAGCCCAGCCCCACUCCACUGACUAAGUCUUCUUCAACCACACCAGGGCGGCACUCAAGGAGCAGCGACUAGGGGGCUCCCGGAGCCACCAUGACCUUUGCCAGCCUGUUGGAGCAGCUCGGGGGACUAGGGCGCUUCCAGCGGCUUCACAUCGUGGCUCUCGUGACCCCCAUACUCCUGACGGCCUCUCACAACCUCCUGCAGAAUUUCUCAGCAGCAGUGCCCCCGCACCACUGCCGGCUCCAGCCGGUGCCCCUCGGUGCCAGCCAGAUGGGGAACCUCACCCCGGAGAUCUUGCUCAGGCUGUGGGUACCACUGGACAGGGACCACCAGCCGGAGAGAUGCCAACAAUUCUCCCAACCCCACUGGCAAAGCCUGGAGUCCAACGAUACUGCCCACAACAGGAGCACCCCCAGCAUCGAGCCGUGCCGAGAUGGAUGGACCUAUGACCGCAGUGAGUUUGAGGCCACCAUCGCGACAGAGUGGGACCUGGUAUGUGACUCCUGGAAACUGACCCAGAUGGCACAAUCCAUUUACAUGGCGGGGGUACUUGUGGGAGCCAUGGUGUUUGGGAGCUUGGCAGACAGGUUUGGCCGGAAGGCCCUGCUAAGCUGGUCCUACCUACAGCUGGGGGUGACGGGGACUGCCACUGCUUUCUCCCCCAAUUACUCCGCCUACUGUGCCCUGCGUUUUCUGGUUGGGAUGGCGGUCUCUGGGAUCAUCCUCAAUUGUAUGUCUCUGGUUCUAGAGUGGUCCCCCACCAGGACCCGCACAAUUACGGGGACCCUGGUUAGCUACUCUGCCACCAUAGGGCAGAUCCUCCUCCCAGGCCUGGCAUACGCCCUCCCCAACUGGCGAUGGCUUCAGCUCACUAUCUCUCUGCCUUUCUUUGCCUUCUUCUGCUACUCCUGGUGGUUUGCAGAGUCAGCCCGAUGGCUGGUCCUGGCUGGAAGGCCAGAGCAGGCGGUCCAAGUGCUGAAGAGGGUGGCUCGCAUCAAUGGAAAGAAGGUGGAAGGAGAUAAACUCAGCACUGAGACACUGAAGUCCCAUCUUCAGAAAGAACUGGAUCUGGCUCAGACCCCAGGAACGCCCUGGGACCUGAUCCGCACACCCACCAUUCGGCGCAUCUCCAAGUGCCUCGCUGCCGUCUGGUUUGCCACCAGUUUCGCCUACUAUGGGGUGGCCAUGGACCUGCAGGGCUUCGGCCUCCGGGUACACAUGCUGCAGCUGCUGUUUGGCAUCGUGGAUAUUCCAGCCAAGCUGCUCUCCACCCUGGGCAUGAGCCGAGCUGGGCGCAGGAUCGCUCAAGUGGCCACCCUGGUUCUAGCCGGACUGGGCAUCCUGGCCAACCUCUUUGUGCCUACAGAACUCCCUGCCCUUCGGACGGCCCUGGCUGUGUUGGGGAAGGGUUGCCUGGCUGCCUCCUUCAACUGCAUCUACCUGUACACAGGGGAGCUGUACCCCACGGCCAUCAGGCAGACUGGCCUGGGAGUGGGAAGCACCAUGGCCCGAGUGGGGGGCAUCGUGGCCCCUCUGGUAAAGCUGAUGGGUGAGCAGAUGCCUCUGGUGCCCCCCAUCAUUUAUGGUUCCAUCCCAAUGCUCUCUGGCCUUGUGGCCCUCGGGCUGCCCGAAACCAGGAACCGGCCCCUGAAGGACACAGUGGAAGAAGUAGAGAACAGGCUUGCCCAGCAGCAGGACACAGAGCCUUAGGAGAAAGUAGCCCUGCAGGUGGUGGCCCCGGACACUAAUAGAGAUCCCAGGUGACCAGAAGAUGUCUCCUAGGCCCCAAGGCCAUGGGUGCCCGCCUGGUGGGCCAACUGGGAGACAGGACCCCCGGGUUCUGUUCUGUUCUGUUCCUGGGGCUUCCAGCGCUCCCUGGCUCAUCCACUCGCACCCCCAUCUGCUGGGUUUGGGGCCCGCCGUCCCCCUCAGAGAGGAGGAGGAAAUGCCAGCUGCUUCCAGACGGUCUUCCCAGCCUGAGGAUGCUAUGAAAAAGCCCAAAGCCAGAGUCCCCCACCUUCUCGCUGGCUCAGCCUCCCCGGGUCGCCUCCAUCCAGCUGGGACAGCCCUGGAAAGAGAAGAUGGACCCUGCUGCUGUCUGCUCUCGCCUCUGUUUCCCCUUUGGGAGAGCAGUGCCAAGGGCCAGGGCUGUACCACCUUAGGUGGCUAAUAAAGGGUCUUCUUUAAU